AAAGAAGAACUUAGUGCUUCUUAACAAUAUGACAAACUGAAUGUGACUGCACUGUUUGCUAAUUAGGAACAAUAUGCAUGUAUCUGACUUAAAACCUCUGUGAUUCAAUUGGAUUGACUUUGUAAAGUGCCUUGAGAUGACGUGUGUGGUGAAUUGACGCUAUAUAAAUAAACUGAAUUGAAUUUGAUUAGUGUUGCACAUGGUUCUCAAACUGUGAGAUUACCUCUGCUGGUACUUUAGCAAUCUUUAGCUGUACUUAGUAGAAAUGUUGGCAAUAUAAUUAACUGAGUAAAUGUAAAAGAAUUAAUUCUGAUAAUCACAUUUUUCUUUGCUUCACUAGAAAACUACUGAAGUGAAACGUACAGAGGAGAAAAUCUGGAAGACUCCCUGCAGAAAUAGGAGAUGACCACUGUGAAUCAGAGACAAAUGCUGAUGGCUACAUAUGCUGCGUUCAAUUUAGCUCGCAAAUCAAAACUUAGAACAGGCAAUGACAUCGCUAACUAAAUGUCAUUAGUAUAACAUUAAGUAUUCCUAUACAAACUAAAAACAAUGUGUUUUUCUGCAUUUUGUACUUUCAAAAACUGUUUUUUCACUGAAGGAAGUUGUAUAGAACAGCAUGAAAGAACUAACAUUUUUACUUAAUCUUCCAAUAUGGCAUGUAAAGAAGCCAUAUUGGAUUUUAAAACCUCUCAAUACCUGGAACUUCAAUUUUAGGGGAUAAUUUUGUUCAUUUUCCUGCAUACAACUUGUAAAUUUAAACGUUGUCCACUCUUUUUUCCUAACUUUGUUUUGAUGAGUUAAAAUCAAAACAUUACUGUUGCACUAAUACUUUAAAAUGUUAUUGUGGUUCUUGGACAACUUACUCUUAACAGCAGCCAAUGUUAUAAAAAAAAAAAUGAGAGCCACUGGAGUAUUUGCCUGGAGAUCUUUCAAUAACAAUGUUUAGAUAGCCGAAUUAAAUAUAAAACUGUGAAAAGGAUAUUGUGUUAACUCGAUUUUUUGUCACAAAAGUAGGUGCCUUAUAAGAAACAAUUAUUCUGUAAGAUGGUCUUUACAUUACCAGUUUAUGUUGAUAAAAUCCGUUUAAGCAGUUAAUUAAAUAAAUCGGAACUCUGGAGGGUAACUCGAUGCCUCAGCAUGCGUGUCCUCUGGAUCCCAACAGGCUGUGCUGAUCGGAGGGAGGGGAGAGAGAGGAAGGCGCACAAUUACCGCACCAGAUGCAGCAUGAGCAGCUCACUCUCCAGCAAGCGGACCUGACCGCCCUCAACGCCGCCGUUCCUCUUUCCGCUCCCGGGCUCCGGAGUUUUAUAGAGUAAGCGUAGCUAAUUUACACAGCCGAGGAAAAGCCCGAUCCAGGCUCAGAAACAACGAGCGGGUUCCGUCCUCUGCGGCUCAGCGCACUGAUCAGACAUGGUGGACACGCAGCAACUCCUAGCUUGGCCUGUUGGUUUCAGCCUGAGCACAGUGGACUUUCCAGAGCUGGACGAAAGCCCCCACUACCUCGACAUGAAACAUUUGUCCACAUCAGACUACGCCUCCAUUUCCUCCCCCUCCAUCCCAUCCUCCUUGUCUCCCCCGCUUGUAUCCUCCAUCUCAUCCACUGGUGUGGCCUAUAACAUCAGUCCUCCGCUGAGUGAGGAACACCUGACGAACAUGGACUACACAAACAUGCACAGCUACAGGACAGACAUGGAGACACACAACCCAAUCAAGAUGGAACUAGAGUCACCUCCACAGUACUCUGACAGCCCUUUGUUCUCCAAGUUCCCAGACGAUGCGUCUCCGUCAGCGUUAAACAUCGAGUGCCGUGUGUGUGGAGACAAAGCCUCGGGGUUUCACUAUGGGGUCCAUGCCUGUGAGGGCUGUAAGGGUUUCUUCAGACGCACAAUCAGGCUAAAGUUGGUGUACGAUCAUUGUGAACUUCACUGCCGUAUUCACAAGAAGUCCCGCAACAAAUGCCAAUACUGCCGUUUCCAGAAGUGCCUCAAUGUUGGCAUGUCCCACAACGCCAUUCGUUUUGGCCGAAUGCCCCAGGCAGAAAAGGAAAAACUGCUUGCCGAGUUCUCGUCUGACAUGGAGCACAUGCACCCGGAGGCUGCAGAUCUGAGGGCUCUGGCCCGGCAUCUGUAUGAAGCCUAUCUGAAGUAUUUCCCCCUUACCAAGGCCAAGGCCAGGGCAAUCCUCUCUGGGAAGACUGGUGAAAAAGUGCCUUUCAUCAUUCACGACAUGAAGUCUCUAAUAGAAGGGGAGCAAUUUAUCAACUGUAAGCAGAUACCAGUCCAGGAGCACCAGCAGCAGAUGCCCACCAUUUCAGUUGGACACGGAGUUUCAGGAAUACCAGGAUCCCACUUAGGAUCAGAUUAUGGAGCUUUGGGAACAGUAAUCAACGGGCAGACACCUGACGGAGCGGAGCUGCGUUUCUUCAAAAGCUGUCAGUCACGUUCUGCAGAAGCAGUGCGGGAAGUGACGGAGUUUGCCAAGAGCAUCCCAGGAUUCAUCGACCUGGAUCUCAACGAUCAGGUAACGUUGCUGAAGUACGGAGUGAUUGAAGUCUUAAUCAUCAUGAUGUCGCCUCUAAUGAACAAGGACGGCACCCUGAUCUCCUAUGGACAGAUUUUCAUGACGCGGGAGUUCCUCAAGAGUCUUAGAAAACCUUUCUGUCAAAUGAUGGAGCCAAAGUUUGAGUUCGGAGUCAAGUUCAACACACUGGAGCUAGACGACAGCGACAUGGCUGUGUUUUUGGCUGUUAUUAUCCUCAGUGGGGACCGGCCUGGCCUGCUGAAUGUGAAACCCAUUGAGCAGCUUCAGGAGACGGUACUUCAUUCGCUGGAGCUGCAACUGAAGCUCAACCAUCCAGACUCCCUGCAGCUGUUCGCCAAGCUGCUCCAGAAGAUGACGGACCUGCGUCAGAUUGUCACUGACCAUGUGCACCUCAUCGAGCUGCUUAAGAAGACCGAGGUGGACAUGCUUCUACACCCUCUACUGCAGGAGAUUGUGAAGGACUUGUAUUAGAUUCAAACUGAAAAGAGGACAAGCACUGAAAUUUGAAGAAAAACGGAGAGAUCAAAAACUGUUAAAUCAUGAGUUUAAAUGAAUCAGUUACCAGAAGAUGGAGAACAGGAACUGAAAAAUCAUGAAAAGAAAUAAAGUUCUGUUUCUAGACAGUCUGUGUGAGUGCACUGUCAUUUAGCUACCACAGAGCCUGAACAGUUUUAAUGUGCUGUCUGCCAACUUCAGUACGAAACUACCGCCUACUGCAGCAGAGUGUCGGUGGCUAACAGAAAGAGAAGGAACUGUCAGUUGGCAAGCCUAAUGCAAAAUCAUGAAUGCUUCGUCACACUCAAAACUUCACGUGCCUUAAAGGGAAACAUUUUUCACACCUUGUUUCAUGCAGUACAUGUUGCUCUUGUGCAGCUUGUUUCUUUACAGCCAUCCACAGACAGCAGCGGUAGUGCAAACAUGCAUUAGUUCCUAUGUAAACACGCACAAAUGCAGGAAGGCUCACAUGCGCAAAACUAUGCACGGUCGUUUUCUGUAUUGGCAUCAGGGUGAAGGUGCCAUCUCCUUUUCAAUCAGCUGCAUCCAAAAACAGAAACCAAGAUUAGUGCCUGUAACUUAUUCUGGUCCUGCACACCGCUUAAAGUUGUGAGAAAGUAAGUGUGAGCUCACAGAGGCACAGAGCAGUGAUGAUGUUAGCUCUAAAUGCCUUAAUGAUCUAAUGUUUAGCUUUUUUUUUUUAAAUGAAAUGUUUUUAAACAUAUUGUACAUAUUCAAUGUAUGAUAUAUAUAAUCCCUCAUUUUGUUUCUGUUUAUAUGAAAUUGUUGAACCAAAUUUGCUUUUGAGCCUUUAGAUUCAGCAAACUGGUUGAGUUCUAAUUUUCCAAUGUGAAAUUAUUUUGUAUCUGUAUCAAUCCGUUCGUUUGUGCAGACAAAGAGACUGGAUUUAUACCUACUGGGGAGAUAAAGAAUAAGAAAUUACCUGUAAAUAAAUAUGUUCUAACUUUUUUUA